GACUACUUUCGUUUUCGCGCUCGCUGUCAGUCAGUGAUAAGAAUCGUUGAUAAGUAGAUGCUUGUAGUGAUAUUUUGUGCCUGGUAACAGUGUUCAUCUGCGAAAUGUUUGUAGAUGUGACAAAACCGGAGAAAAGUGAUUUUUUGUCUCAAACUGAAGGCAGCCUCAUUCCUGGUUAUACUGGUCAUUGUCCCACACUGAAAUUCCGAUUUGGAAAACGAUAUGGAGCUAACACCAAGGAAAUAAUUCAGGAUUUGAGUGACCGAGGUAUAUUGAAGCGACACCUUGCAUCGCAGUACAGAGUGCAGGACCCCCUGCAACCGAUUCUCACCAACGGACAGUUGUCCCCGAUCUCUCGAACUCACGACCAGUUGAAAUCCAACAGGGUGGACAACAAUAAUCGAUGUCGACGAUACAUCCUCGGAUAUACAGGAUAUAUUCCGGGGAUGCAUUUUCGUUACGGCACUUCGUUUCAAAGAGCAGCCGACAAAAGUGUGGCAGAAUUCGACGUGCGACUGGCCGCAGAGCGGAGUCGCAGAGCUCUGGAGACCAGUUCGCGGGCCAGAAGUCGCAGUGCCCCAAAAAUCCCGUCGAUCAGGUCUCUCGAUCACGUCAAAGCGGCCAUUAAACAGUAUGAGCAGAGGAUCAAGUACAAAGAGCACCACAUUUCGCCAGAAUUUCCACCAAUCGCAGGUUACACAGGCCACAUCCCAAGGUUACGAGGCACCGAAGCAUCUCUAAGUCAGCGCUUCCAUACAGCUGCCAAGCGAGGUCUCAGCUUACUACAAAAGGAGCGAGAAUCAAAUAAAACAAUGGAUGAAGCGCAAACUGCUGUUCAAAUAGCUCUGAGAAAUUCGCAGCCUCGGUACUCAACUCCGAUCAGAUGAACACAGUUACCAAUAAAAUGCUUCAAAUAUGUAUACAAAAAUACUAUUCUACUGAAUUAUUAUAUUGUUUUAGACAUUAUAAUAGCCUAUUGGUGUUACAUCUAUUUAAAUGCAUUUAUUUUAGAUAACGCUAGCGAUGGAGUAUUUUCACAACCGUCAUAAGAUUGCUUGUUUAUUUUUCUAAAAAAUAGAUAUGUGAGUGUGAAAUAAGUAUAUUUUUCAAUUAUUUCAACAGAAUGUAUGAAUUCUAAACACACAAAAAUGUAGAAAAGUGAAUUCCUACUUGAAAUUAAUUCGAGUGAGCCUAUUUUUAUUGCUGUAUCAUUGUAGGUCAAAGUAGGCCUAUUUAUUGAAAAUCGAAAUUCCUCGUCAGAUAUUUUU